AUGAAGACUCCUAAUUAUGGCCGCUGGUCGGAGCUACCUAUGGACAUGUUGGGAUCUGUGUUGGAAAGUUUGAGUAUUAGGGAUUUCCACCGGGCUAAGAUGGUGUGUUCGAAUUGGUACUUGUGUUCCAAGCAAAUGUGGCGGCCAAAAUACGGAUCUCCGUUGCUGAUGUUGUCUCCAGAAGAGGAUCGUUGUCGUAUGUACAGCCCAGGGGAUGAUAGGGUUUACGAGACGAAGAAGAGUGAUUUUUCAGGGUAUCGAUUCCUGGGAAGCUCGGGUACGUGGUUCCUGGCGGUAGAUUCACGUUUGAAACUCUCUAUUAUAGAUGUUUUUAGCGACGAGAGGAUCGAUCUUCCACCUCUGGAGUCCAUCAAGGAUGGCCGUUUUAGUGUGGAGCGAGUAGGAGAUAAGGGAUUCACGGUUACUCUACUUAAGACCGGUUUCUCUUCUGUGAGGAUUAAUGUAACUGUCGAACAUAUGAUAGGUGUUUUGUGGGUAGACGACAAGAAUAGAGACUACGUCGUUGUGUGGCAAUUUGAACGUGACCGAUUUUUAAGGUUUUGCAAGAAAGGGGAUGAUCAUUACCGUCACAUUAACACACUAGUCGAUCUUCGCUCGGAGUUACGAGGCGGAUACGAUAUGGUACUCAAAGGUUACAUGCUUUACUUCUUUGCGAACGGUGACUACAUUCAACACCUGGAUUUGUCUGGAGAAGAUGGUUUCAAGGAUUUGUCCGAGAACCAUAGGUUUCCGAGGAGAGUGUCAGAUCUGAGUUUUAGGGAUGAGUAUGAAACACUCAGAGCAAUUAAGGUCAUCUCAGGUAGCUAUAACAUGGCUGUUACUACAUCAGGAUAA